CCACUCCCCCCCCCCUCGCCGUGCAUUGGAAAACAAUCCCACCUUGAACCCUUUUCAAUCUGGCUUCCCUUAGAAAGGACAAUUCGUCUCCGUCGUGACUGUCACUUGCCUGACUGCCUGCCCAUAGCCGGGACCGCACACCUCUGUCCCAACUUGAUGCUCUUGUCGUCGUCAACUUGAAUCACCUUGCUACACCCACAAAAAGCAUUGCUUCUUCGCCCAUUGCACAUUGAUUCUCGCGCUCUAGGACUCGCUCUCUUCUUUCCCCCCCGGGCCCCUUCCUCCGCACCCUUCUUCCCUCCCGACCUCCUCGCCCUCAACUCUUUCACUCCCUCCAACUCUUCUCUUCCCCCCACCCACCAUCGCACAAACAAACAAAAUGGCUGCAGCGACCGCAGUACUCGACAAUGGAGGCGUCCAGCUCGCAGACAAGGCAGCCGCCGCUGCCCAUCACCCGGCUCACGGCCACCCCGCAUCGCCACCAACGCUCUCGCCUUCGGCUCUGCCGACUAACGCCCCCGCCCCAGAGGUGUCCAUGGUCGAGGCUAGUGACUUUACCGGUGUCACCUUUACUCCCGAGCUCUGGAUUCAACGACGAACCUGGGCCCUUGACGCCCUCCGCACCGAGGGUGCUCGCUCCAUCCUCGAUUUUGGCUGCGGACCAGGAUCUCUGCUGCAGACGGCCGUCAUUCCUCCCUCUACGGUUCCUGAAAAGCCCAUCAUCGGUAGCAACGGCGAAAUCCCAGACGGCAUUUCGCUUUACACGCAGCGCCUCGCCGCAGUCGAUGUCAGUGCAGAGGUCAUGACCACGGCCAUGUCACAACUCGAGCCCCCGGGCCCCAACGCCUCCGGCCUCCUCGCACCCCCACGAUGGGCACCAAUGAGCACCGAGCUCUGGCUCGGAAGCAUCGAGCACUACAACAGCCGCCUCGAAGGCUACGAGUCGAUUGUGGCGCUCGAGGUUAUUGAGCACCUGGAGCCAAACCUCCUGUCUCGCUUCGGCGUCGUCACGCUGGGCACCUACCGCCCUCGUCUCCUCCUCCUCACCACUCCUAAUUUCGACUUCAACGCAAAGUUCCCCAGCAGCCACAGCCACCACGACGAGGAAAACUGUGACAGGCGCGGCUUUGUCGACCCGACCGGCCGUACUGACCGAGUCUUCCGUCACUCGGACCACAAGUGUGAGAUGACUGGAGACGAGUUCCGUCACUGGGCUCUGAGUGCCGCCGACGACUGGGGCUACGAUGUGGAGAUUGGCGGAGUCGGCAUCUCGUCCAAGCCAUCAUACUACCCUGCCAAGGACGGCGAGGAGCCUCAGCCAAUCUACGCGACCCACACGGCCAUCUUCCGUCGCACCACUGGUAUCCCGAUGAGAUCCCCGCGUUCGGUCCGCACCGUUGAGCUGCCCUUCAUGAUUGGCGUCAACGAGGCCGCCCACCCCCACAGACUGGUCGGCAAGUGGUACCACCCCGUCACAGGAGUCUGCCAGCCUGGCGCACCACAGCCACCAGCAUCCGUCCGCGAGGCCGUCGGCAAGGUGUUUGACGCCGUCGGCAUCCAGCAGCUGAGCCUGGACGAGCUUUGGGCCUACCCUGAGGUAUCAGGUGGAAGCGCCGGCUCGAAGCGUCAUCUGGUUUCCGCCCUCGGCGGAUGGGGAAACUGCCCUCCGAUCCCAGGAUCAAACACUCAGUUUACUGUCGUUGUCGACCACAACGGCCUGGCCAUCAAGCGCAACUAGGCGCGGGGCGAGCAGCAGCAAGCACAAGGUUUUCUUUAUCAUGGCGUGUACAUCCCAGGAGGCGCACAGGGCAUAGUGUAACAAGACGAGAGAGAGCGCAGGGUACGGCACAACGUACGCCUAGUAGACGAUUUGGCCCUCAUGUAACGUUCAACAAGUCAUGCAUUCAGGUCUCACGAG